GGAAAAUGCCUGAGAGAGGCAAAGGACUCUCGUCCCAUAAUCCCCCGGUUCCCCCUCAGCGGUUCCCCAUCACUCCAGCGUUUGCUCACGUUUGAGUGAGGGGAGUCGUCCUGGUUAUCUUUUUUUUGCCACCCGUGCGCGACUGCGCAGCAGAGAGGAAGCCGGGCUCGCCAGCAGAGAGUCAGAGCUGCGCUAGGGGGAGUGUUUAGUGCACUUGCCGUGGUCGUCUCUCACCGGCACCAACUGCUGGGCCGGUCUCUCUCUCUCACACACACACACUCAUUCAGAUGCAAGCAGGCAGGCAGGGAGGCGUGCGGUUUCCCCGGUCCUGCCCGACGCUCACUUGUCCUGCAGGCUUUGGGGAGAAGCGCGCCCGCUUGCCUGCCGGCGAGGAGAAGAUGCAGCCGCAGCUGAGCGUGUGAAUUUGGGCGCAGCGGAGCUGGGCUGGCGCUUGCGGCACACGGGGCGAAUCUGAAGGGGGCUCUUCUCGGCGAGGAUGCCCGGAGCGGCGGUGGCGGCGCCGGCGGCCGCCUCUGCUGGGGGAGCGGUGACAGGCGCGGGGGCGGAGGCGGCAGGGGGAAUGCUCCCGCCUCAGGAGGCGGCCAAGCUGUACCACACCAACUACGUGCGGAACUCUCGGGCCAUCGGCGUGCUCUGGGCCAUCUUCACCAUCUGCUUUGCCAUCGUCAACGUGGUGUGUUUUUUCCAGCCGUAUUGGAUCGGCGACGGCGUGGACACCCCGCAGGCGGGCUACUUCGGGCUCUUCCACUUCUGCACGGGUAGCGGCUUAUCCCGGGAUCUCACCUGCCAGGGCAGCUUCACGGACUUCUCCAGCCUGCCCUCGGGAGCCUUCAAAGCCGCCUCCUUCUUCAUCGGGCUCUCCAUGAUGCUCAUCAUCGCCUGCAUCGUCUGCUUCAUACUCUUUUUCUUCUGCAACACCGCCACCGUCUACAAGAUCUGUGCCUGGAUGCAGCUGACCUCCGCUGCUUGCCUUGUCCUGGGCUGUAUGAUUUAUCCUGAUGGCUGGGAUGCAAAAGAGGUGAAACGGAUGUGUGGCGAAAAGACAGACAAGUACACACUGGGGGCUUGUUCAAUCCGCUGGGCAUAUAUCCUGGCCAUAAUUGGAAUCCUGGAUGCCCUGAUCCUCUCAUUUCUGGCAUUUGUACUUGGCAAUAGACAAGACAGCUUACUAGCAGAGGAACUCAAGCUGGAAAACAAAGAUGAUGGAAAUGCUUAAAACAAGCAAAGGUAGUGAAACUGACUACUCUCUACUAAGCCAAUCUUUACUAGAAUGAGCACAAAACAAAACCAAGUAACAGCUUUUGUACAUCAACAUUUAAUGAGAAGACGCUUGGGAAGGAAGCCUGUGAUGAAGGAGAAUAUUGACGAGUGUUAAAAAAAAGUCUGAUUGCCGAGAGCUGCCUUCUAAACAUAGAUCAGCCAGACGUGCAAGUGGUUCUCUGAAGAGAGAUUCAAUCAUGGAUUUACCCACCAGCUCAUUAAGAACUGUCACUGAAUGCAACAUUCAGAAGGCAUGCAUGAGAAGUCACAUGAGGGGAAUAAAUUUUAAAAGGGGUGUAGUUGCCACUAGAUAAACAUAUUAAUAUACAUGCAUCAAGGAGGUUUGUAAACUUAUUAAAAUUAUUUGACUGAAAAGCAAAACCCUUUCAAAUAAAACAUUUCACAGGGGAGAGGCAAUUAACUCAGUGAACUCCUGUUCCAGUCACCUGGAAGCAGAUAGGUCAUCACUUUACCUUGAGCGUCUUUACAAACAAGACUCUCCUUUGUUUCAUGCUGCAGAGGACAUGGCACAACUUUUGAAACCCACCAUUUCGGCACCUCAUUUGGCCUUCACGUACGGUUAGUCGGUUGGAAAUGAAACACUUCUUGGUUUCUCUUGCCUGCAUGUUCUGUUUACUUUGUCUGUAGCAAAUGUACAACUCUGGCUGUUUCUCACUUGAUUUCCCAUUCUGCAAAGGAGCACAUGUUGUAAGAUGGUGGUUCCCAAACUGGUAUGUUAGGAUGCAAUAUUUCAUCCGAGGAGAAGGAGACUUGAGAAAACUUGUGAAAUGAUGAGUGGCCCAUCUCCUUCCACAGUUUUUCCACAGGCAGCUCCAGAGAAGCAAUGGGAGCAUUCUUUACCCAAUAGGCUCUAUGUAGCAUGGAUUCUUUCCCCACCUUGCCUCUCCCAGCUAAAUUAUAAGUUGGCAGGGGGCUCAAAAUGUAGGAUGAGGUAAGUUUGGGACUUGUGGUAGGAAGAGCAAGACCAAGACAUUUUAGUGCCUGAGGCAAAAAGUCCACACGUGUCCUUCCUGUGUGUGGGUGUUUUUUUUUAAAGAUAACAUUUUAAACAAGAAAUUCCUGCCCUUUAACAGCACCCCAAAUCUGUUUCCUGAAGCAGCCGCCUCACUCUGCCUCAUGUUUAGUUGGCUGACAUCCCAAUGCAGAGAACUGUUGGGGCUGGAGAGGGGAAAUACAUGAUUGAUUUAAAGUUCCUCAAAAUCUCUGUAACCUGAAAUGUUUGGGAGCUAAUGUUGUAAAGGGGAAUCCAUUUUGGAAAUUGUGACAUGACAGGUUCAUAAGCAACAUGGAGUUAGUUUUGGCAUCUGAAAUGUAAUAAUAAUAUACAGCUGCUGUGAUGCACGUUUGCCAUUUUUCUAUCCUGUGAGUGGUAGCUAGACUGUCUUUACCAAUAACAAUGAAGAAACUCCUUGGCUAGAUGCAGAGGAAUUAUUCCUCCAACUAGCACAAAGUAGAGAGCAAACGGAACUAACACUGGACAGCUACAUUUUUAUUGUAUUGUUGCCACAUUUGCUAUUCUUGAGGCUUCAAGGCACACCAGUCCAUUCUGGAAAUCCCUUUGUUUUCAAAUGCAAGAAGUGCUUGGGGGGGGGGGCUGUCAUUUCUGCUCAGUGAUGUAGAACUAACUUCAGCAGAUUUUAAAGCUCCAUCUUUUUGCUUCUCUGCUGCCUUUAGAAAACGUGGCUUAAGGAUUAUCAGUACCGCUCCCUAAUAACAACACUGUGCACGUUACCUAAUAUCACACAAUGCUGACUAAUUACCAACAGAAACUGGCAAUUGUUCCAACUCUUGUUCACUGCUGCAUCUAGCAAGAGAAAAGCGUUCUGUCAUAGCAGGAUUUUCAGAUAGGCAAAUGUAGAUUUUACAUUUUUACAGUUUGGAAUAAAUCUGCAGACAGCCAUUUGUGUUUAAAGCUCAUCUCUCUGCUUGAAAUUCCUAUCGACAUGCUAUCUACAUAUAAAUAAGGGUUAUUUUUAAGUAAACAAGUUUUUUCUCUCUCUCUAGGUGCUUAUGUAGCCCCUAGCGCAGUUAUAUUCCAGUGCUGUAUACUGAAUGUUU